AUGGUUUAUAAUAAUUUAAGAAGCCGUCACUCGGAAGUUCUUCUAAGCAAUUUUAUUGACGAAGAUUUUCAAAACAUGCUUUAUCCACUAAAUCUCAUGCAAAUUCUUUUUUUCAACCAAAAAUUCAGAAUAAAAAACAAUUUUAUAACCUCAAAUAAUUUCUUACAAAACGUCGUCAUCGUUUUUGGUUUUAUUUUUUACACAUUUGUAUUUAUGACUAGAUUCUUCUUAAGAUAUAAUAAAGGGGUGGACAUUGAUUUUAAUUUAAUUAGUUUAAUCUGCAACAUUGUAGGUUUUAGUAUGAACUGCAUAAUGACUAUUUUACACACCAAUAUCAACAUUGAUUUGGUCCUUAUUAUUUACAAAAUUAAUACGCAUCAAAGAGGCAAAAUUGAUUUAAGAAAUAUUACUUUCUGGAAUUGGGUGUUAUGUUUCAUUAUAAUCUUCUCGUUUAUUAUUGUUAUCAGUUUAAUUUUUUUUCUUAAUCCAAUAUACACUUAUGUUUCUAUAUUAAUGUUUAUUAUUACCACGAUAUUUGCUGAGCUCUCGAGCUCUCUGCACAACCCCUGA